CAAUAUUUAGUAAAACGACUGGUAAAGUGAAGACAUUUAGACGUCUAAAAAUAAACAUUUUUUUAAUGUGAAGAACCAAGAACCUUCUUGGAGAAGUGAAAUACUUUUUUUUUCAAUUUGGCAAUUCAAAUCAACAAAAAGGACAAGAAAAACAAAAAGUGAAGUGAACUACUAGGGGUCAUUAUGAGGAUCCGCACUUUCUGUAAGUAUUUGGACCAGGAGGAGUUGAGAGACCAUACACUAAAGGACUGCACCGUUGUUGUCGAUGGACAGAACUUUUUUUAUAACCUUUACCAGAAGAGCGGAUUACCAUCGGUAUAUGGAUGUGAAAGUGACAAGUACGCGGAUUUCUUAAGAAAAUUCCUUGGAAUAUUUAAGAAAUCUAAGAUUAGGUGUGUCUUCAUUUUCAAAGGAGGCCAUUUAGAUAUUAAUUAUAAAUUUAGAAGAUUAGAAGAUAGAAGUUGGAUUUCAAAUUGGUCAGAAGAACACUAUUUUGCACAACCAGUGUUUAUGAAAGAACUUUAUAAGCAAAUUUUGGAUGAAAUUGGUAUGGAAUAUGCCAUAUGCGAAUAUGAGGCAAAGGCAGAAGUUAUAGCAUUUGCUAAGAAAUAUAAAUGCCCCAUUGUCAGCUAUGAUAUUGAAUUUUGCUUCUCAGGAGUUCCAUAUAUACCAUAUUCAACUAUUAAUGAAUGUGAAGGCCAAGGGGUCAAAUGCGGGCUAUUUAAUUUGCAGAAUUUUAUGAAAAAAUAUAAUUUAAAUAACGAUAAGCUGGCUAUAUUCAUAGCUUUGACUGACGAAAAUAUCUUUGAGGAAAAUUACUUCAUACAUUUGUUUGAAAGCUUGAAUAUGCCUAAUUCUCUUUACAAACGAAAUAUUUGCUUACUAAAGUGGCUUGGCCGCUUACCCCUACAACGUGCCUUAAAUACAAUUAAUAAUUAUGUUGAAAGAGAUUUGUUUAAUGAAAAAAUACUAGAAGCGAAAAAAUAUUUGAUCCGGACAGAAUCAACAGGUACACCAACAAAAUAUAUUGAAGAUAACAAAAAUAUGGAUGUUACAGAACUAGAUCCUAACUGGUUUGAAAAAGGCGUCACCAUGGGUCGUAUACCGAUAAACUAUGUCAACUUGUAUCGUAAUAAUAUAUAUUUUGGUGCCUGGACAAUAGAAGAUGUGAAUGCUGAUGACAGUUUGCUUCUUUCUCUUGAUAUAAUAAAAUAUGCCUUUAAUUUACUAACAAAUUUUGAGAAAAAAGAGUUCACGUUCUGUGAUAAAAAUAAUAAAAAACAUGUGAUUUCAUCAAUAAUUACAGCAUUUGGAGUAACCAAAAAACCGGAAUAUAAUGCAAAUAAUAGUCCAUUUGAAAAUGGUUGGGACCAGGCAAAGAAAUUGGAUUUAUUCGAAUAUUUUUUGCAAGAGAGUCUGCAAGAUUUGAAUCAUGCCGCCUUACAACGGUGUCCCGAGGAUAUGAGGCUUCUUAUGAUUGCACUAGUAUACUUUUCACGACGAAAAACGAUCGACACAACCGAUAUAGUAUGCGGAGUGCUACUCUCGUAUGUCAUGUUAGGAGUUGUAUUUGUUAAAAUACCCAAUAACAUUGAAUACGAUAUUGAAAUAACCAAGAAACCGCUUCACGAUACAAGCACAAAAAAAGAAUCGGUUAAUGAAAAAGAUUGUGUCAUUGCAAAUAGGAUAUUGGAAAGUUAUUUUAAAAUGAACCAACGUGAAAGUCAAACAAUAUUCAGCGAAAAAUUAAUCCAUCCUUUUGUUGAAUUUCAACACUGCCUGGUGCAGAUUAAUAAUUUAAAUGAUUUAUGUGGCUGUACUUACAAACCUACUAAAUACAACAUGACGUUUAAUGGAACAUUUAUUUAUAAAUUGAUGUUUGAGGCUACAUCAGAUCUCGAGGCAGGAGUUCUAAGGUUAAUCAAAAAUCGAUUGAAUCCAGCUGCAACUGUUCUGUCAUUUUUUAACGGAAUCUUCGAAGCUUAUCAGGAGAUGAUGUAUAAUUAAUAAAUCAAUAUGCUUAUCAAUUUAACUGCAA